UCACCUGAUAAGUCUUGCGGAGCAUUGCGAAUGAUGUAAAAUGAAGUUAAAAAUAAUACAAAUUGUCUCCGGAUUGUUGUAAAAAUAUACAUUGAGAAGCUUGUGUUCGGUCCAACAGGCUCUUGUAGUGGAAAGAAUUCGUAACUCACAGGUGGAUGCAGAGCGUAAAGAUGAAACCCGGCUAAAAUUUAUAGACAAUAACAGAGUCUUCGCAUCUAAUGAUAUAUUUGCCAAGAAUAUUUAUUUACAUUUAGCACUAAAGUUGAAUAUUUCGCAGUUUUAUUCGUUCGAUAUUAUUAUUAUAUCAGAGAAUGAGGUCAACUUUGUUCCAGAAAUAUAGGAAACCCCCAUUUGCCAGAAUCACUAUGAGUAUGAUAGCGAAUAUAAACAAACAUGUAUAAAUAUUCCCGCAAAUGUCAACACCUUCCGUGUAGGUGAAACAAUUGAACUAGGUAUCAACUAUGGAUACCUCAGAGUCAGAUAUUGCAGGCGCAGUUCAAAAAGAUUUUCACCAUAAUGGGGUCAAUCAACUUCCCAAAGUUGACAAUUUGUCAACAAACGACCCAGAAGACCAGGACAGUAAUGAAUUCUCAAACGAUGUUGAGGAUGAAACUGAAAGUUUGACAAGUACUUUUGAUCCAGUUAUCGAACUUAACGAGGAAUUGCAGGCUGGCUAUAAAAUUCUGACAGACCUAAUGGCAUAUGCUAUGAAGCAUGUAAACUGGCCAUUCAUGGAAUCGGUGGAAACCACAGACCCAACCCUCUUUGAAACUUAUAAGCUGAAAAUAGCCAAACCAAUGUGGCUUAAACUAAUGAAAGAGAAAUUUGAAACACACCAGUACUCAUCCAUCACAGAUUUCGUGUCCGACUUCCGGUUGAUGCUCGAGAAUUGCUACCAUUUCAAUGGACCCGAUCAUCUCAUUUCAAAACGUGCUGUCAAGUUGGAAAUGAUGCUUGAACAGAAACUGGCCCUUCUUUCAAGGGAAAUCAGAGAGAAAACUUCAAUUGCUGCUACAUCAGGUGAAAGACACACAGAUCAUGGAGGUCUGAGACGGAGACCAAAAUCUCUGGUUCCACACAAUUCAUCCUUGCUGAUGACCCAGCUUAGAGAGGAACAGAUUCAGCGUAAGAAAGAUCGCCGUCGUAAGAUGAUCCUUGACCGGAGGGCUGAGCGCGAGGCCCUUGCACAGGAAAUACACGAGUGGGAGGAGACCGUGCUGUUUAGGGGAAAGAAGGAACAUAUGAAAGCUAUGUGGGAGAUUCCCCAGAUUGGCCUGUUUCUGGUGCUGCUUCAAGAGCCCCUCAACAUCGGUGAGGUGAUGCACUUUGAGCUUGAGCGUUCCUUCGUGAUGCCCCGGGAAAGCACGACGUUGGCACGUAUCAUGACCUCCCUUCUCAGUACACCAUUCCAGAGAGUCAAGUUUGAUAAAAAGAGUGUGAUGCCUUACAAAGUGUGGGAAUCAAAACUGCGCUACAAGCUCCAGGUGUGGUUUAAAAUGUAUGCUGAUGCAGGCUACGUGAAGGAAAAAGUCUGCCUGAAACUUGGCAUAGAUGAACAGUUCUUUGAUGUUAUGGGUGCUAAAAAUCCCCUGGAAAAGAGGAAAUACCAUGAGCUGAGCCUGUAUAGGAAAGUCUGGAUCCUCAAGUCCCUCUGUGAUUAUUGUCUGCAUAUGCAGGAGUCCUUGAGAGACCUAAUAGAGCUACAGCCAUUUGAGGACCAGCGGGAGCUGGUGCUGGGAACAGACGCCUCAGGUCAGCGUUACAUUCACUUCCCACAAUUCUGUGGGGCUGACGUCAGGGUGUACCGCCAGGCCGCGAUCAAGUACCCAAAGAUUGAGAUCAAGCCUGACCCAUUUGAUAGUAAAAGAAAGUUUCCAUUUGUGUACAAACCUCCACCAGUGAAGAAGAAGAAAUUGUCACCCAUUAAAAAGAAAUCCAGCCCUGUCCCUUCACCCGUGAAGAUUUCCCCGCUGGAUUCACCGCAGAGAACUAGGCCCAGUAGAUUAAGACAGGCUCCUAAAGUAUUUGUUCCGAUGCAACUGGUAGAGGACAUGUUGCUGACAGAAGGCAACAGUGAUAGCAGCAGCAGCAGUAGUUCCAGCGACCAAGAAGAUGACAUUCCCUCAGGUUCAAGCAUCUAUGAUGAUCCGAUACCAGGACCCAGCGGAGUUGGAAAAAAACACGAUCUCUUGCACAACAAAGACAAUAAUGGUAUUGAAAAUACAGAUGAUAGAUCUGAAGGGGAUGAAAGUUCUGUAAGUGAAGCCACUAUACCUUACUGCGAUAACAGUGACUCGGACAGUAACGGGAGCUCAAGGGAGGCCAGUCCUUGUCAGACUGGUCACGAUCUCAAGGCCAGACUUUCUUCAUGUCUGAACCAGUCAAGCGACGUAUCUCGGGAAUCGAGUCCGUGCAUAUCCCCUGCAGACUUUAUUCCUAGACGCAGUGCGCGGCUAGAUAGGAGUAAUGACACCUCGCGCGAUGCCAGUCCGCUCAUUUUUGAUGCCGAUUUUGGGCUUCGACGCGGAAGCAGAAUGCGAGCAGGUCUGAAGAACAUUCCACCUUAUAACGCUGCUCGCGAUUUAACAAGUUUUCUGUUCGACGAGAAUUCCACAUCCAAUUCCAGUAUAGUGGGUGAUAAUAGUCUCUCUGAGCAGGGAAGUAGCUUAUGGGUGGAGAAUGCUGGGACUAGCAGACAGAGUUCAUGUGAAACUGGGGAGGAUAGCAAUUUCUGUGAUAUUAAUAACCUGUUCUCAAACUCAAGAACGUUAGAUGGCCUACCGUCUUGCUUAAGCGUAGAUUCUAGAGAUGUAGAAUUGGAGUCAAACAAACAUGAUAAUGAUAAAACCUCAGGGAAAUCUGGUGCAUUAAGUUUAGACAGUGAUGAUAAUCAGUUGACUAGAAAUUUGGUUAAAGACAAAUCCAAAACAACUGGUAAUUUUGAUGUGGAUAGUAUAAACUCCACAACAAACACAUUAAAUGAGGAUAAUCAGUGGUCGAAUUCCAUUAUCGGAAAUCAUGAAAAUAGUGGGUUGGAAAGUGUAAUUUCAAGUUCUGAUAUGGCAAAAAACACCAAAACUAAAAGUUUGAAUAAUCACGAUGUAUUUGAAGAUUCUUCAGUGGUAUGUUGUAAUGUUACUGCCUCUAUGUUAACCUCAAAGUUGAACUUUUCAAAUGUUAUCAGUGCCAUAGAUGGUAAAGAUUUACACCUCAGUGAUAAUUUAUUUGAAGGUGAUAAGGAAACAGAAAAUAAGCCUCUUAAUGAAAUAGAGCUGAUGAAACCAUUAACUGUUAUCUCAGAAUUAGAAUUAAAAGCAACAAGUUAUUUAUCAAAUGGUUUCCUUGAAGGAAAAGAUGAUCAGAACUCCAAAACUGAUUUUAAAGAUAAACUUGUUGAAGACUUGAAAUGUGAAGAGAAAAACAGUACUGAGAUAACAAAUGUGAAGGUAAAUGGUGAAAAUGUUAAGCACAAACAAAUACAAUUUCUAGGCAGUGAGGCUGACGACAAUAAAGUGUGUGCAAAGGAGGAAUUUUCAUCAGAGGAAAAGUAUGGAAAAAACUUGGUUGUAAAAUCAGAAAGUCACUAUGAUGUUUACAAUAUCAAACCUGAAGCAGGUAACCUUGAAAAAGAUGAAUCAGUCAAAUGUGAAGAUCUCAGUAAUAAUGUGAAAAUGGCAGAUACCGGUAAUGAUCUGAAAACAGUGACAGACAAUUCUAAGGAUAUUGUGAAGGCUGAGGUCAGUACAAUAGUUAAGGAAGACACUGACCUUGGAAUGAAGUCUGAAGAAUCUAGUGUUAAGGCUUUACAUGAUCCAGAGCCUGCCAAUAAGAAGGAGACUGAAGAAAUUGACGAGGAAAGUGAGGAAGAUGAAAUGGUUCCUGACCCUAAGGAGUUUUACAUGGUUGCCGACAGUGUGGAAGAGUUACGCAUCCUUGCCAGGCAGUUUGAGGACCCAGAGCCAUUGGUUUUACGCAGAGGCAAACGUGAAGUGAUUCAGCCACUGCCACCACGUAAGAAGAACGUGAUAGAGCUACACGAGAGGCUGUUGUGCCUUUUGAAGGAACUGGAGCCCUGGGAGGGCAAGCUGCAUCAGGCAACGCGCAACGCACGCAUACGGCUGAGGCGGGAGGUUGAGGAAUAUGAGGAACCCCCAGAGGAAAAGAUGAAUGCCUGGGAUACUUCUGAUGAUGAAGCAACAGACUCAGGCAACUCUGAUGUCGGCGAACCCGAGGGUUCAGAGGUCAAGCAGAAGUCAGACGUGUCGUCUGUAGUAGAUAGUCAGACGAACUCUGGUGCAAGUACUCCUAUAAAAGCUUUAGAAGACGAGGAGAUAGAUGUCAGUCAGCGUGGUCGACUGAGGAAGAGGAGAAUUAUUCCAAACAACGUAGAGGACCAAUAUGCCAUAAAGAAAUCACGGCAGACAAAAUGGACAGAUGUGACGUCAGCAACCACUCAGACUGACCAGCAACAAGCAGUAAUUGUUCAGAGCGGGAAAACACAGCUCGUUGACUAUGCUGACAUUGUUCGCCAGCUGAGUAGCAGUAACAUAAUGAAGCCCGUAUUGUUCAAAACCGUCAAAGGUGGGAAAACAGUUAUUACGAGCGUGAUACCAAUUUCGUCCAACCAGUUUGCGGUUUCGGGUGAAGACACAGCCACUUUCAGAAUGACUUCCUGUUCAAUGUCCACCGGUAGGCGACCUCUAAUUCAGCCUCUAGAAAGCGUUCACGUGGUAGCAGAGAAGCCCAGUCAGCAUCCCACCAUACGCACCCUCCUGUCUGCCAACCCCAACGUAACCGCUGCCCGCAGUCAGCCAAAUGACCCAGAAGCGUCAGUGAUGGAGAUCCAGUCUGAGGGUACUUCACAACAGUCUGAGACUACACAAGUUACCGAAGCUUCAGGUACAACACAUCUCCACGUGUCGUGUGAGACUACAACCCUGUCAGAGUCGUCACCAACUAUGGCCGCUGUUGUUUCCCCAUCUUCUAGCCAGACCACACCUCAUAAAAUUGACGUUACCAGUUCUGUCACUCUACAAAAAAUGGCUAUACCUCGCCUUCAGCCUUCGGCCUUGCAAAUAACUCCGCGUAAAAUCGCUCCAGUAAGUGUCAGUUCAUCGGCUAAGAGUAUCACCAAGAUCCAAACCAAAUACUAUGCCGCCAAUGCCAGCACGUUGCCCAUAAACGUUGUGCAACAGCUGAUCAAUGAGCGGGGAGCUAAACUUUCUACGGGGGCUUACAACCAAAGUAUACUCCUCAUACCAAUGGACAAUAACGGGCAGACAACAAAUCUUCUGAACAUAAAAACGGAGAUCGAGUCCUCCGUCUCAAUUGCAUCACCAGCAAACCAACAGACCUCAUCUAUAACACCAAAUGAAAGCAAAACGCAAUUGUCACCUGUUUUACAAUCAGCUUUGCGAGCUACAAGUCCUGUAGUCACACCAACCAAAUCCAUUUCAAACCAACUUAUUUUGCCAAAACCACCAGGAAUGCUUCCACCGCCCCUGAACAAGCAUGUAAUUCCUUCUUCCACAAGAUACCCCUCCAAUGAGACAGUCAGAACUCUGUUGGAUAAGCGCAAAUCUACUGAUGAAAAGAAGCCACCUUAUAAGGUAAUGAAGCUAUUUCUAAACACUACUCAACCAAUAACAUUUGCUACAGCAGCUUCAGACCUUGCCCUGGGUUCAACGUCCGUUUCCACUCAGGCACAGAUGGAUAGCAGCACCUCUUUAGUUUCCUCCAGCAUGAGUGGGGUGUCCAUAGAACAUACAAACCCAACCCCUCCUUCACAUAAAACAAUCUCGAUUAACCCGCGGUUAAUUAAAAUUGUAAGCCCUGAUUCAGAACUGCAAAAAGCUCAGCAGUGUGUCAUUACAUCAAUAUCCCCCGCCAAACUGAACACUUUACUGCUCCAGACGAGUGCUGCAGGGGCAAAGUCCAUUCCUUCAAUGAUUAAAUUGCCAAGCAAAGCAGCCUUGGAUUCUGCUGUUAAGGCCGUAGUGACAAGCGUUAAUACAAGUCUCCCAACGGUCAACAUCAAAGUGCCUUCCCCUACUUCUUUGCCAUCCAUUGUCCCGAGAAGGAAUGUUACUAAGACCAUACAGACAAUGAAGUCACCCAUACCUGUUGCCCCUAAGGUGAUUACGCAAUAUUCGGGUGGAUCAGCCAGCUUAGCCGUGUCUAAUUCUUCAAUGUCGAUGGCCCAGCCAUUUCACAUGCUGCCUACAACCUCAAACCCUGCAUCUGCUGCUUCUACGCCUGAGAGUAACCUCAUAGAUGUUGGUAAAGCAAACAAAAUGGCUCCACAUGUUGUAAUCUCUAAAGGGCAAAUGCAACUUCGGUUCUUCAAUACAGAUAGUGGUGGAUCGAGUACUAUUCCUCUUGUGUCAUCCAGUAAUAACCCUUCUAUGAGAACAUUGUCCGUGCUGUCUCCAAGUACUGGCCAAAGCAUGAAGAGUGUUUCUUCAGACACAGCCACUGAAGCUGACCCUGUAGAUCUCAAGAAAAGUACAAAGCCUGUUAUAGCUCUGAAUGCAAAUGGAAUGCCAAUAGCUGCCCUAAGGGUUGCCACAGGGAAAUCAACCAACUCAACCGUGCAGGUAUCUCCGUCAUCGCUUGUUCACAACACCCUGGCAACAGGGGGCCAGGUUUUGCACACCACUUCAAGCUCACAUUUGCUGAAUCAUUGUCAGCCUACAAAUCUAAUCAACUCCACAACGCCGUCUGGUACGCAGGCAGGACUUCUCUCCCCCUUGAUCAAUCUGCAUCAUGGGGGGCUAGUGUUACCGGCAGGUGUGCAGCUCGCUAGCCCUCUGGGCUUGAACCUGCUUCAGUCAGGCACGGCCCUUCACAAUCAGGGCAAUCAGAACAUCUUGCAAGGGGGUGCCAAUCCUAUCGUAACACCACAAUUAUAUGGCAUCAAUCCGUUGAUGCUGAACACAGUCAUCAGCGCUCCCACGUUGAUUCUUGGCGGGCAGGCAAAGACGCAAAUGAGUGCAGGACCAGUAGAAAGUACUCAAACUCAGACGAACUUGCAAGUUACCAUGGCGCCCCCCCUUGCUCAGCUUCCAGGUUCCUCAAUAAUGCUGUCGUCUGUUGAUGCAUCUGGUCAGCUGCUGGGGAAGAUUGCAGCCACGCCGAGUCCCGCUCAGAGACAGCUCGUGUUCCAGUGCCCUCCGGGCGGUCAGCAGUUAUCUGCCCUUGGGUCACACCACGUAUCAUCUUUAGCAUCGACAACAAAUACAGUGACUAGCUCUUCUGAAGGCACAAGUCUAAUGAAGCUCCUGAAGAGCCCACUUGUGACUUACGUUGACUAUCGGAACUCUUCGCGCAAUAAAACGCUUUGCACUCAGGCUACAGAAUCACUGGAUCUGAUUAAAAAAUCUCAGCCCGAAAGUAAGUCUCCAAGAAUGGUUAUUCCCCCUCCGGCUGUAGUGAAGGGUCCAAAACAGACGAUUUCUGCAAUUAGGGUUGGCUCAGCUCAAGUCCAGAUGCCAGAUUCCCAAAAAGCGUCCACUUCUCAGCAACAAAAACUUUUGCUCUUCAGUAUUGGCGGUCAGCUUGUUACUGGUCAGGGAGUUCCUGUCACCCUCAGCAACGGUGUUUUAAAAGUUCUGCCGAAUGGAAAAGUCAUAAUUAACAACCAAACAUUGACACAAGAGCAGGUGAAGCAGACAUUGUCGAAAAUUAAUAACAACGUGGCAACAUUGGCCACCAAUAUGAUUGCUAAUCCUAAUGACCAACAGUCAGUCACCAAUGUUCAUGUUGAGGGAAAAAACAUCAAUGUUAUCAAGGAGUCACCUGUGGUUUCUGGUUGUUCAACCACAAUGAUGAAACUUGAGGAUCCAAACCAGUUGAAGAAAACUGUAGUCACAAAAGUUCUUUUUGAUAGUAUGAAUAAGCCAGUUAAGGUUUUCACUGAACCAUCUAUUGGUGAAUCUCAAUCCACCUUACCAUUUAACCCAAAUAGCACGAUUGUACAAAAAGAACAUGAUAUAAAGCAUGUUGUUGCCGUUCACAGUGGCUUAGGCCAACCCCUUGCAAUCAAUAUUCAGAGUUCCAGUAGUGCAUUGAAACAAGUUACUAAUAAAAUGGGCAUUUCUCACGGUGCUUCAAAUCAAAGUGCCGAAACGAGUUCUACAAAACGCGUUGUAGCAAGACCAGUGAAUGGGGAAGGGGACGCAGCCAACGCUGAUGAGGCUGACGAGGAAGAACAUAGACUGGUUAUUGAUGAUGGAAGGAGCGAAAAAGAAGCGGCGCUGAAUUUGCUGACAUUGGCAAACCAGGCUCUGAUACCAGGCAGCAUAAAGGUGGAGCUUAAUGAGGAUUAUUACGAUGAAAAAUCAGCUGAUUAAUAAUGAAUUUGUAAUAGAGAACAUGUGUUUUGUAAUGUUUUAUAUUUAUGAAGUUAGUGAACAAAGCAUCUCCCAGCAGUAAGAAAGAUUCUGUUUUCUGGUAUGUUAAAAGAUCAUCAUGGUGAGCUAUUUUAGAAGUCUUUGCACAGCUGUUUGUGUUUUGUUGUCAACUUUUAGCGCAUAUCCAUUCUAGAGGAUUAAUUUUUCUUCAAAUUUGUUUUGAAAGUUGGUCACAAAAAAUAAAUUAAGAAUAUCUAGGUAUAGUUUGAUUCCGAGUUCUGCGUCCAAAAACUAGGUAACCAGGAAGUCACACUUCUGAUUCAAUCUUGAAACUUAAUUGCAAUUUUUAUCAUGACAAUAUCCAGGCCAAGUUGGAAUUGUGUUCAUUUGAAUCCAAUACUAGUUCCCUUUUGAAUAUUGAAGAUCAUCCAUCUUAAUACUCAAAGAAAUCACUUUGUGGGAAAUAUUAAUAUAAAUGAUGUGUGAUUUUGUUGAAAUAUUAAUGUUCAACAACUGUGUUUUCUCUAUUUAGUUGUAAAUUGAAGUAAAUAUGUUUUGCUUGAAUUUGGUGCCAGCAAAAUAACGCGAGUUUUUCAUAAACAUAGCAAAUAAGUUAUUAUGUACAACAUACAUGUCUGUUAUUCCAUUCUUCCUUUGAUUCCGUUAACUGUAAUAAGUUAAAAUCAUGUGUCAUGCUGUUAGCUGCAUGUUGGGUGAAGUUUCAAUCUUGAAACAUUGCCAUUUUAUUUUUCUUGUAAAAAGUUGUCAUAUUAUUUCAUGUAAAAUUCAAACUUGGAGGAUGCUUUCUGAAUAGUGCAGCUAUAUUAUAUCUCAUGUUUCACGUUUUAGUCAUGUACAUUUUACAUCUUGUUCUCAAAUAACUGUUCAGUUUUAAUCUUGGUAUGCAUUUAUUUUUCUUAUGCAUGUUUCAUUGUCAUUUUCAAACGUUCCACAUUGAGAUAUACACAGUGAAUAAUAGUAUAUGCUCACUAUUCAAAUAGUGUAUUAAAUGCUUGUUUUGGCUCAUGGCGUGAAUUUUUUAUCAUAUAAAUUACCCCAUUAGAUAAUUUAGUCCUUAAGUUGUUAUUGUUUAGCAAAUGACAAGCAAUUUUCAGUUAAUUUUAAUUUAUAAAAAAUGUCUUUUACGGUACAAAUUUAUUAAAAUAAAUGUAGGGGUGAAUGUUACAUAUAAUAAAUAUACUUCUGGUACAAGCACUCCAUAUCUUUGAUUUAACCCUUUGUUUAUAUAGGAUCUUGCAUGAGUGGUCGUUUUGUAUUGAAUUUAUUAAACAUGUCAUCUAAAUAAAGAUAAAAAGGAGGCUUGCCGAGUUUUUAUCUUUAAUUAGAUGACAAAUUGAAUAAACAAAAUGACCACGAAUCUAAGAUUCUAUUUAUAACAUUACCAACAAUUUUUUUAUAUUUUAUGCUCUUUUCACCGUUUAUUCACAUUGUAAAAGAGUUUGCUGGAAUAAUGACGUCAUUUCGUCACAAAAAUGAUGUCAUUUCACAGUUAUAUAACUAGUGUAAUAACACCAGUGUAAAAAACAAAAAUGAGCAUUACGUUAUUUCACUCAUGGCGCGUAGGUCAUGUUAUAAAUAUUUUUUUAAUACACUUUAAGUUAUUGAUAAAUUCACUGCUUUAUGAAAGGUGUACUUUUUUCGGUUCAGUUGAUGAUUAUUCAUAAACUACACAUACAGGUAAAGUUAUAUCACUUUUGGAUUUGCUAUUUCAUGACUGCUUCUUUAAACCAGCAACGUCUCUCUAUGAAUAGAACCCUUGAUUCUCUGUGAAUAUAUUUCUAGUAUUUUACACCAUUAAGCUUGUGAUGAGUUUGAAAACCAUUUAUUUGUUUGCCUAUCUUCUUGUCUAUCAUCUUUUGUGCUAUUUUCUGUGUACAUGUUUUACAUACAGAAUGGUUUUCUUCCAUACCAAUAUAUGGUCGCAAUGGAUAGUAAAUGUCCCAUCAUUUUGUGAUCACAUUUAAGCGCUUAUAUGCAUUCAUUCACUCAUUUGUUUUCAUGAUUAUAAUAUCUGUCUUUGUAAAUGCUUGCGGAAUAAUAUACAUGUACAUGUACCUCCACAUCACUGUUCAUUUUAUCUGUUGAUCAUGUUGAAUUGUGUACAUUAUGAUGUUACUGAGAUAUACCGUACAACUAUUUUGGAAUCAAUGUUUAUGAGAGGUAAUUUGUUCAAAAUAAAUUCAAUUUGAUAAACAUG